CACAAAAUCAACAACAUGAAGUUCCUGUCGCUUGCCUUUGUUUUGGGUCUGCUGGCUCUGGCCAAUGUGUCCUCAGCCACUCCCCUGAAUCCUGGCAAUGUCAUCAUCAACGGCGACUGUCGCGUCUGCAAUGUGAGGGCCUAAGAGCAGCUGAGAUGGAGGAAUCGAGACAAGCCAGUUGGAGUUCACACAGCCACAUAUAUUUAAGUCACACAAAAAUGUAAUACAAAUUCAAAGAAAAAAACACUUCAAUUAAAAAAAUAUUCAAAGUAAA